GGAAGAUGGGGAGCUGGAGGAGGGCGAGCUGGAGGACGACGGUGCCGAGGAAACCCCGGAGCCACGGCCCACGCGGAGCCGCAGGGAGAAGGGAGAGCGGCACGGCAGCGACUCGGAUGGGGAGCGGUCGCACCGACGCGGCAAGCGGAAACGGCGUAAGGAGCGCGAGAAGGAGAAGAGGAGAGCCAAGAAGAAGAGGAAAUCCAAGCACAAGCGACACGCCUCGUCCAGUGAUGAUUUCUCCGAUGACAGCGAUGACUCUGAUUUCAGCCCUGGAGAGAAGGGGGGGCACCGCCGGUACCGGGACUACAGCCCCCCUUACAUCCCUCCCCACCAACCCUACUCCUCUCACAACGCCCCGAUGCAAAAGAAGCCAUACUCCAAGAUGGAACCCAAAGGCUACGGCUCCUAUGAGGACUACGAGGCCGAAGAAUAUGGCCGCUAUGAGGGGGAGGAGGAUGAGGAUGGGCCGAAGGACGACUACGACGACUUCGCCAAGGAGCUGAACCAGUACCGACGGGCGAAGGAGGGAUCGCACCGGGGCCGAGGUGGCCGUGGCCGUGGCCGUGGGUUCCGGGGCCGGGGUCGGGGCUGCAUGAGGGGCGGCCGAGGAAUGGGACGGGGCAACCGUGGUCGGGGCCGAGGGGAUCACAUGGAGGAUGAGGAGGAGAUGUACGAGGAAGAGAUGGAG